AUGAGCGAGACGGAAGACACGAAGCACAAUCGGAGAGAGAGCGAAGCCAGCCAGCGCUCUGGCUCCAGCAGCGGGGGCGAGCGCGGCACCGAGGACCAGACGACGCCGGCCAGAAAACGGCGACACAGACGUGGCAAGCACCGGCGACGCUGGAAACCCUACUCCAAAAUGACGCCCGAGGAGCGACAGCAGGCCGAGUCACGUGAAGCCGCGCGCGCCGCCAAGAGGGAGCGUGGAGCUUAUGGGAAAUAA